AUGGUGGCUAGCAAAGAAACUAUGCACACGUUUCUUCUUGACUGGCGGCUCGUAGGCUCAGCUCACAGGAGAGCUGAGGGAAGGCAAGAAAGGAGAUUCUUAUCAAGGACACAUGGAUUUGGUGUUUCGACUGCCCAAAUGUUUAUCAAUGGCCAUUUUUCUGAUUCGAAAAGUACAGAGUUAAUCGAUGUGUAUAAUCCAGCCAAUAAUGAGCUCAUAUAUCGUACACCUAAAAGCACUGAGCAUGAGAUGCAAGAAGCUGUGGAAAGUGCAAAGGGAGCUUUUGCAAUCUGGAAGAAAAGUAGCGUUUUAACAAGACAGAGUUUGAUGCUCAAAUAUCAGAGUCUUAUCCGUGAAAAUGCAGAAAAACUUGUAAUGAAUAUAGUAAAAGAAAAUGGAAAGACUCUUGCCGAUGCAGAAGGUGAUGUCUUACGUGGUCUUCAAAUUGUUGAUAUUUGUGCUGGGAUUCCAAGUCUGCUACUAGGUGAAUCUAUCAACAACAUCGCCACUGACAUGGACACUAUAUCCUACAAAGUACCUUUGGGUAUUACUGCAUCCAUCUGCCCUUUUAACUUUCCAGCUAUGGUGCCACUUUGGACGUUUCCAAUCAGCGUAGCCUGUGGUAAUGCAACUAUCCUCAAGCCAUCCGAGAGAACUCCUGGAGCCUCUUUAAUACUGGCAGAACUAUUUAGUGAAGCUGGUGCACCACCUGGCCUCUUAAAUAUCAUACAUGGUGAAAAAGAGGCUGUCAACUUCAUUUGUGAUAAUCCUGACAUAAAAGCUGUAUCCUUUGUUGGCUCUGACCAGGCCGGAAAAUACAUUUAUGAACGCAGUGCUGCAAACGGUAAAAGAGUACAGUGCAAUAAUGGAGCAAAAAAUCAUUGUAUAGUAUUACCUGAUGCUAAUAAAAAAAAGAGCAUUUCCCAAAUAGUUGGAGCUGCAUUUGGUGCAGCAGGCCAGCGAUGUAUGGCCAUAUCGGUUGCCAUACUUGUAGGUAAUACUAAGGACUGGAUUUCAGAUAUAAUGCAUGCUGCUAAACAGCUUAAAGUUAACGCUGGACAUGUCCCAGGUACUGACCUUGGACCGGUCAUUUCACCUCAAUCUAAAAAUCGAAUUCUGGAGCUCAUUGAAGCUGGUAUUCAAGAAGGUGCUAGCUUACCGCUUGAUGGCAGAGAUAUUAAGGUUCCUGGAUUUGAAAAAGGAAAUUUCAUAGGACCUACAAUUUUGACAAAUGUCCAGCCUUACAUGAGAUGUUACAAAGAAGAAAUAUUUGGACCUGUUUUAAUUUGCAUGGAAGCUAAUUCACUAGAAGAAGCUACUGACAUAAUUAAUAAGAAUCCUUAUGGAAAUGGAACAGCUAUUUUUACAACAAACGGAGCUAGUGCUCGAACAUUCACAGAAAUGGUUGAAGUUGGCCAAGUUGGAAUCAACGUACCUAUUCCAGUACCUCUACCAAUGUUUAGUUUUACAGGAAAUAAAAAAUCUUUUUUUGGAGAUAAUCACUUCUAUGGAAAAUAUGUAAGUACAACUUUAAAUAUCUAG